AUGGGAAAGAUUUCUUUGGUUCAGCCUCUCCCAAUUUACAAUACCGAAGAAAAAAUGAAGAAAAUGGCAAUAUCUCCAAUAUCUCCCGCUGAAAUGUGCGCUGAUUUAGAAGAGCAAAUGGAGAUAAAAGAAGAGGAAGAGGAGGACAAAAAAGCAGAAAAAGAAUCGAGUCGGGUACCAAAAAUAGUGUUGGUUAUCACUAUCCCUUAUCUGGUGAUUCUUCCAUUAUUCUCCAAGAAUCUUCAUGAUUGGUACACAACUUCUCUUCUAUGUCUCUUCAUUUGUUUCACUUUGGAUCUUGUGGCAAUCGCUGUCAAGUUCUACGCCGUUCUUCGACCGUUGUCUUCUCUAGAAGCUACAUCACUCACAGCUAUGCUUCUUUUUUAUGCCAAGUAUAUUUUUCUGAAAUAUCAGUCUCCAUUGUCUUAUUCUCUAUUUUCCAUAUUCUUUUUAAUCAUUUUACCUGCGUAUUACCGUUGUUUCUUAUUGUUAAAACUGAAAACUCCCCACAAGAAGAUGUUUAAGGCUAUGGUAGAAGACGACUUCUAUUGA